AUGCAGACCCCUGGUAUGUCAUACCGUGUUAGAAAUCUAAGAAAAGAAGACCUGAGCGAAAAGUACUUCACUCUUCUGUCCACGCUGACAGAGGCUCCAUACCCGGGCGAGGAGGACGUCCAGAAGCUUUUUAGAUACAUGAAAAAGAACAGAAAAACAUACAAGACUCUUGUGGUUGUGUCGCCAGAAAACGAGGUCGUUGGCUCGGGAUCGCUUUUGAUAGAAAAGAAGUUUAUUCGAUCUCUGGGCAGCGUGGGCCACAUAGAGGACAUUGUGGUGUCCGAGGCCCACCAGGGAAAGGGCCUGGGCCGCCUUCUAAUAAACCAUCUGACAGAAAAGGCCAAGGCCAGCAACUGCUACAAGGUCAUACUUGCAUGCAGCGAAGAAAAUCAGAAGUUCUAUGAGAAGUGCGGGUACACCAAAAAGGAGGUUUUAAUGGCGCUGUACACAGCCCCAAACUAG